GCUCCGGGCUAAAUCGGGGUAGAUUUCGGCAGCCCUCGCCUCCUCCGUUUUGGUAGCCUGGAGGGUCGCCGUGGACCCCGCUGCAUUGUGUAUUCCCGCCACCCCCACCCCAGAGUGUCCGCGCCGCGCGCCGGAUUACUUUUUGAAAAUGGGAAGGAUCGAGGAGCACUGUCUUUUGGAAAACUUAGUGAACAUCUCCCGAGUUCCUGCUUUCUAGAGAAUAGUAAUCUUAUGAAAAGAAAAGACAUUUUUAGCCGUUUUGGCCAACUUGCGAGAUGCAUGUGAGAAUGGCGACAGAAUAAUCAUGGGCCAGACGGGGAAGAAAUCUGAGAAGGGACCUGUUUGUUGGUGAAAGCGUGUAAAAUCAGAGCACAUGUGACUGAGACAGCUCAAGAGGUUCAGACGAGCUGAUGAAGUAAAGAGUAUGUUUAGUUCUAAUCGUCAAAAAAUUUUGGAAAGAACAGAAAUCUUAAAUCAAGAAUGGAAACAGCGAAGGAUACAGCCCGUGCACAUCAUGACCUCUUGACACGGAGGAAAAGAUGUACCUUGAAGUCAGUAUCCCCCAGGUUAUAUGAAAUACGGUAUUUCAAGGGCCAUGUGCACUUGCACGUGUUGGAGGUGUGGACCCUGGCAGUAGUGUACUGGUGUUCGGUGACCAGUGACUUGGAUUUUCCAACACAAGUCAUCCCAUUAAAGACCCUGAAUGCUGUCGCCUCGGUCCCCAUAAUGUAUUCUUGGUCUCCCCUUCAACAGAAUUUUAUGGUAGAAGAUGAAACUGUUUUGCAUAACAUUCCUUACAUGGGGGAUGAAGUUCUAGACCAGGACGGCACUUUCAUUGAGGAGCUAAUAAAAAACUACGAUGGCAAAGUCCAUGGAGAUCGAGAGUGUGGGUUUAUAAACGAUGAAAUUUUUGUGGAGUUGGUGAAUGCUCUGGGUCAGUACAAUGAUGAUGGUGAUGAGGAUGAUGGGGAUGACCCCGAGGACGGAGAAGAAAAGCAGAAGGAGCUGGAGCAUCGCCGGGACGAUAAAGAAAGCUGCCCACCUCGGAAAUUUCCUUCUGAUAAAAUUUUUGAAGCCAUUUCCUCAAUGUUUCCAGAUAAGGGCACAGCAGAAGAGCUAAAGGAAAAAUACAAAGAACUCACCGAGCAGCAGCUCCCAGGUGCACUUCCUCCUGAAUGUACCCCCAACAUAGACGGACCAAACGCUAAGUCUGUGCAGAGGGAGCAGAGCUUACAUUCAUUUCAUACACUUUUCUGUCGGCGAUGUUUUAAGUAUGACUGCUUCCUACAUCGUAAGUGCAAUUAUUCUUUUCAUGCAACACCCAAUACAUACAAGCGGAAAAACACAGAAACAGCUCUGGACAAUAAGCCGUGCGGACCCCAGUGUUACCAGCACUUGGAGGGAGCGAAGGAGUUUGCAGCUGCCCUCACUGCAGAGCGGAUAAAGACCCCGCCCAAGCGCCCCGGGGGCCGCAGGCGAGGCCGGCUCCCCAACAACAGCAGCAGGCCCAGCACCCCCACCAUCAGCGUGCUGGAGUCCAAGGACACUGACAGUGACCGAGAGGCAGGGACUGAGACUGGGGGAGAGAACAAUGAUAAAGAGGAAGAGGAGAAGAAGGAUGAGACCUCGAGCUCCUCUGAAGCAAAUUCUCGGUGUCAAACCCCAAUAAAGAUGAAGCCAAAUAUUGAGCCUCCCGAGAACGUGGAGUGGAGUGGAGCUGAAGCCUCCAUGUUCCGGGUCCUCAUCGGCACUUACUAUGAUAAUUUCUGUGCCAUUGCCAGGUUGAUUGGGACCAAGACAUGCAGACAGGUGUAUGAGUUUAGAGUCAAGGAGUCCAGCAUCAUCGCACCUGCUCCUGCGGAGGACGUGGACACCCCUCCACGGAAGAAGAAGAGGAAACACAGGUUGUGGGCUGCACACUGCAGAAAGAUACAGCUGAAAAAGGACGGCUCCUCUAACCAUGUUUACAACUAUCAACCCUGUGACCAUCCACGGCAGCCUUGUGACAGUUCGUGCCCUUGUGUGAUAGCACAAAAUUUUUGUGAAAAGUUUUGUCAAUGUAGUUCAGAGUGUCAAAACCGCUUUCCCGGAUGCCGCUGCAAAGCACAGUGCAACACCAAGCAGUGCCCGUGCUACCUAGCUGUCCGGGAGUGUGACCCAGACCUCUGCCUGACGUGUGGAGCUGCGGACCACUGGGACAGCAAGAAUGUGUCCUGCAAGAACUGCAGCAUCCAGCGGGGCUCCAAAAAGCAUCUGUUGCUGGCACCAUCGGAUGUAGCAGGCUGGGGGAUUUUUAUCAAAGAUCCUGUACAGAAAAAUGAAUUCAUCUCAGAGUACUGUGGAGAGAUUAUUUCUCAAGAUGAAGCAGACAGAAGAGGCAAGGUGUAUGAUAAAUACAUGUGCAGCUUCCUGUUCAACCUGAACAACGAUUUUGUGGUGGACGCAACCCGCAAGGGUAACAAAAUUCGUUUUGCGAAUCACUCAGUAAAUCCGAACUGCUAUGCAAAAGUCAUGAUGGUGAACGGCGACCACAGGAUUGGCAUCUUUGCCAAGAGGGCCAUCCAGACCGGCGAAGAGCUGUUCUUCGAUUACAGGUACAGCCAGGCCGACGCCCUGAAGUACGUGGGCAUCGAGCGGGAGAUGGAAAUCCCCUGACGCGUGCCCCCGCUUCCCUCCGCCGAACGAACGGCUGCCUUAGCUGCAGGAACUGAGUACUGUGGGCAAUGUAGGACUGGAGAUGCGGGCUGAAAUUCUGAACUUGCAGAGUACUGUAACAGUAAUUUAUAGUAACAAGUUUAAAAAUCAACUUUUUAUUGCCUUCUCACCAGCUGCCACGUGUUUUGUACCAGUGGGUUUUUGCAAUAAUGCAGUAUGGUACAUUUUUCAACUUUGAAUAAAGUAUACUUGAACUUC